AUGUGGAUGAGCCGUCUCAGUAAAGGUGACUCGUCCUCCACCCAGUUUGAGGGAAGUGUUGAAGAUGAGGAGGACGAUGAUGAAGACUUCUACAUGGUGGAGGCGCAGGACGAGUGUAUGGAUGGACAGAAGCUGGAGAACAAGUGCACCGUCUGGGACGUCCCCCGACUGCUUGGACUCAAUAGAAUCAACUCAGACAUGACGUCUGAGCACAGCGAAGUGCUGAGCAUCACACAGAUACAGCAGCUGACUCCCUCACUCCCUGCUAUGUUACGGAUGUGUGAGUGGAUGUUAGUGUAUCGUACUCAGAGCCACGGGAGCAGUUUGAGGACGCUGUAUAGAACCACCAACCAACUGGACACCUGCAUGAUCAUCCUCAUUAAAGACACCUACGGACAGGUAUUUGGUGUUUUUAGCUCCGCCCCCCUCAGAGUUAGCUCCACCUACUAUGGCACAGGAGAGACGUUUCUGUUCUCAUUUUCUCCACAUCUACAGGUCCACAAAUGGACGGGUGUUAACUCGUACUUCAUUAAAGGAAGCGUGGACUCUCUGAUGUUCGGAGGAGGACUAGGCCGGUUCGGUCUGUGGUUGCACAGCGAUCUGCUCCGGGGCCGCAGUCAGCAAUGCGAAACCUUUGAUAACGACGUGCUGUCCUCAGAAGAAGAUUUUAUAAUUAAUGAGCUCGAGGUGUGGGCUCUCGUUUGA